AUGGAAUUGACCGAGAACAUUACACGGCACCGGUUGCUGCUACAAAGCCUUGAGGCCGCAAUACUCGACAAUUUCGAUAGGGAUGAUGUUUCCUCACCCAAAAACGACAACACUCGCAUGAGCCCUGACAGAUCUUGCCUUUCACAAGACAUCAAUGAGGAAAUAGAGAUUCCAGAGUCAUGGAUAGGCGAGUUUGCCCGUGUUAAGCUCAUACCUGAGACGCCGCAAAAGAAGAUUAAACAAAAACGACCCAGAGACUCGAGCCAACCAGUUGAAAUAGAAGACCAAGACGUCCAAGUGCGGAUACCCCUGAGGUCAGAACGAAGACACAAAAAGCGACGAACAGAGUCAAUUCGCUCCACCCAAGGAACAGACCACUCAGGAAACUUGCCAGGGGACACAUCUGUCGCACACGAGUGGAUAUCUGAUGAGAGUCCUCCGCCAGAACCACCAAGUCCUGAAGAACGAGCUGUUACAAAACUGAGACCUGUACCUCGAGGAGCUCCGAGAAGCAUUGAAACGAAGGGACCAUAUAUGAUCAGAAAGGGUGUUCGUAUUCAAAGUUAUAGGAUGCCUGGCCCUGUGCCAUGGCCGCGCACCCCUCUCUCGAACAGCCUCGAGUACCAAUGUCGCGACGGAUUUAACGAAAAGGAGGCAUCGCUAGGACAGCCCAAGCCCAUGGUCACCCGAAGGCACAGUGUUAAUCAUCAAGAAAUGGCAUUCCGAAAUAAUAGGCCACAUCUACUAAGGAGCCCAUCGUUGGGAAUCGCGAAUCUACUACAGGAUUUUGGAGUCCUCUUGCCUACAGGACAUGUUGAUGGCGAUCAUUCCAAAUAA